AUGAGGAUGAGAAUCACAUUGAGGGUGCACGAGGUUUGGGAAGCAAUAGAGACAAAGACUGCGAGCAUUAAGAAAAACGACCUAGCACUAGCUUUGUUGUUUCAAUCAAUACCAGAAACAUUAAUCCUGCAAGUAGGAGAACUUGAUAAAGCUAAGCAAGUAUGGGAAGCCAUCAAAGCAAGAUACGUGGGAGCUGAGCGAGUAAAGGAAGCAAGACUACAGACGUUGAUGAUCGAGUUCAAUAGAUUGAAGAUGAAAGAAACCGAGAGUAUAGACGAUUUUGGUGGAAAAUUAUCAGAGCUCGCUUCCAAGUCAUCUGCGUUGGGAGUUAACAUCGAGGAAGCCAAGCUGGUGAAGAAAUUUCUCUUGAGUUUACCUCGAAAGAAAUACAUACACAUUGUGGCUUCUAUUGAACAGGUGUUGGACCUUCACAAAACAAACUUUGAAGACAUCAUUGGACGUCUAAAAGCAUACGAAGAAAGAAUAUUAGAUGAAGAAGAUGGAGAAGAAGAUCAAGCUAAGCUGAUGUAUACAAAUAACGACGGACAAAGUGGUCAAACCAACCGUGAUCAAUCAAGUCGAUCGCAUUCCUCAGACAAUUCAAAUUACUACCAAGGAGAUUCGUCUAGAGGAAGAGGUAGAGGAGGCGGAAAACGUCCCUACAACAACAGAGGAAGGGGACGUGGCCGUUAUAAUGGAGGACGAGGGUAUAAUGAAGGAUACAAUAGAGGAAGAGGAUAUGCUGAAAGAGAUGCAUCAAAGAUAACUUGUUAUCGAUGUGACAAGGUUGGCCAUUUUGUCGUCCAAUGUCCGGAACUUCUUCUCAAAUUGCAGGAGACUCAUGAAGCUGACAAUACUGACACACAAGAAGCUGAUGAGCUCAUGAUGCAUGAGGUGGUAUUUCUAAACGAGAAGAAUGUCUUACCUAAAUAA